CCACAACCCUGGCAUUGCAAACACCAUGCUCUACCAACUGAUUAACCUCCGGUAUUCCCAGGUGACCCUGCUCUGCUUUACCAGCAGGAGGGACAUGAUGCUUGGUACCAACUUCUGCUCUGUUCAUUUUCCCUUCAAGUCCUCUUUGCUACGACGAGUCCGACCGUGGAGAACUUGUAGCCCCGGUAACGUUACAAGCGUACAGACACGACCGUGAAACCUAGAAUAAACUACACCGGUAGUUAAACGAUGAAAAGAGAACGAAGGCUGUGCAUUUUACGCUUUCAUAUCUUUACCGUUUUUUGUAUUUUCCUCAUCGGGGUCUUGGAAAACGGGAGACCAUAAGGACACUACAGAAGCGAGCCUAUAACAGGCAUACUCUCCUUCAACACGCAUGGUCAGGCACUCCGCGCGUCGUCCUCGCACGGUCACUGAAACACAACCAGGACCAAAACAAUCAUAUCUACAAUUCUACUCUAGCCCACAAAAACGGAGACUUAUUUUUUUGUGGGGGGGGGGGGGGAUAAAGACCCGUUUCUCAACCGAGUCAUGGAUCUGUGGUCGUACUGGAGUAAGAUGUACUGUCGGAUGGUAUUGUUCCUGUUCUGUGUUUUCCAGGAUUAUCUCACCUCGAUGUUAGACUGUCCGCCAACCUGCAGCUGCUCUCUCACCGAGAUAUAUUGUAAUAAAACCGACAACGGGAAAUUCUUCCCUUUACUGGCUCUCCAAGACACCGGGAGAUCGGGCAAUAGCAGUGUCGAUAUAACUGAGCUUUUCAAGAAUAUCUCUUCCAUACACAUAGAGAACUGGAAAGGACUGCAGACUCUGAGAGAUGUGGACAUGGAGCUGUACACUGGACUACAGAGGCUAACCGUUAUGAACUGCAGUCUACACUCCAUCCAGGCCCGGGCUUUCUCCCAGAACCCUCAUCUACGAUACAUAAACCUAUCCAAGAACCCUCUGACCACAUUGUCCUGGCAACUGUUCCAGAACCUGCAACUCUCUGAGCUGAGGCUGGACGGCGUGGUGUUUGACUGCGGUUGUGACGUCCGGUGGAUCCAGCUCUGGCAGCGGAGACGAGAGGCGGGGCUUCACACCCAGAUGCUCUUCUGCAGAAACGGGGCCUCUAAGAUACAAUUACAAAACAUGUACAUCACCUUAUGUGACGUACCAGAGAUCAGUGUAAGCCACAACAGUAGCGUGAUGGUGAUGGAGGGUGAUAGCGUAAAGGUCAGCUGUAAUGGGUCAGGAUCUCCCCUCCCCGAAGUCGACUGGACCGUCGCUGGACUACACUCCAUCAACACACACCAGUCUAAGGUCUACUGGCCCAACAUCCACUCCAUUAACCUGACGCUAGUCAACGUACGUCGAGACGACAACGGCUUCCUGCUGAGCUGCAUAGCAGAGAACCUCGUGGGAAUGACCACCGCUUCCAUCCAGCUGGCUGUACAGUUUCCACCAGUCAUCCUGAAACUGUCCGAGCCUGAACGGCGCCAUGACACCUGCAUAGAGUUCACAGUGAGAGGCUAUCCCUACCCGACGCUGCGAUGGUACCACAAACAGAGAGAGAUCCUGCAGAGUGAAUACAUCAGAACAGAGAUGGAUUUCUACCAGGAUUAUCUGGAGGGAUGUUUGACUUUUAUCAACCCAACACACUACGAUAAUGGAAACUACACGCUGGAGGCCUCCAACUCACUGGGGACCGUCACCAAGACCGUCUACGGACACUUCCUCACGGCACCGCCCUUUGACCCUGACCCUGACGGUAGCACGAUGCCGUCAGACAACGCCAACAGGCCAGAAGAGGAGACGUUUGGGGUGUGGAUAGCUGUAGGACUGGCUGGUUUCACCAGUGUUCUCCUCAUCGUCCUCUUCAUUCUCAUCAACAAAUAUGGCCGACGCAACAAGUUUGGAUUGAAGGGGCCGGUGGCGGCGAUCAGUGGUGAGGAAGACUCCGCCAGUCCUCUUCAUCACGUCAACCAUGGCAUCAUCGCACCCUGUACCCUCAACGGCGAGGCUGACGCCGUAGUUAUAGGAAUGACCCAUAUCCCUGUUAUAGAGAAUCCACAGAACUUCGGACACGGACACUACUGCAACAAACCCACCACCUACGUGCAGCAUAUAAAGCGCGGGGACAUCAUCCUGAAAAGGCAGCUGGGAGAAGGAGCGUUUGGAAAGGUCUUCCUGGCAGAGUGCUACAACCUGGUCCCCACCAAGGAUAAGAUGCUGGUGGCUGUCAAGACCCUGAAACCGACAGCGUGUCCUUCCGGGUCCCAGAGCCCGAAGGAACCCGACCUGUCGGCCAGAAGAGACUUCCAGAGGGAAGCAGAGCUGCUCACCAACCUCCAGCACCAACACAUUGUUAAGUUCUAUGGGGUCUGUGUGGACGGGGAUCCCCUCAUCAUGGUGUUUGAGUACAUGAAGCAUGGAGACCUCAACAGGUUCCUCAGAGUCCACGGUCCAGAUGGUCGUCCCCUACAGACUGACGGAGAGCUGAGUCUGUCCCAGAUGUUACACAUCGCUACCCAGAUCUCAGCCGGCAUUGUGUACCUGGACUCCCAGCACUUUGUCCACAGAGACCUGGCCACCAGGAACUGUCUAGUGGGCAACGGGCUGUUGGUAAAGAUAGGAGACUUCGGGAUGUCCAGAGACAUCUACAGCACAGACUACUACAGGGUCGGAGUUCACACCAUGUUGCCGAUCCGCUGGAUGCCCCCUGAGAGCAUCAUGUACAGAAAGUUCACAGCAGAAAGUGACGUUUGGAGCUUCGGAGUCAUCCUCUGGGAGAUCUUCACCUAUGGGGAACAGCCGUGGUUUCAGCUGGCCAACCACGAGGUCAUAGAGUGUUUAACACAGGGCCGGGUCCUGGACAAGCCGAGGGUUUGUCCCAAGGAGGUGUAUGACCUGAUGCUGGGGUGCUGGCAGAGAGAUCCACAGCAGAGAUUAAACAUCAAGGACAUUCAGCUCUACCUGGACGGAGUGAGGUGAUGUUCACCCUAGACACUCGCCUUCGAUCAGUUUUGGGGACGGGAAGCUGAUUGGGGACGGGAAGCUGAUUGGGGACGGGGAAGCUGAUUGGGGACGGGGAAGCUGA